UGUCCAAUCAUGUCAAUAAGAAGAACCAGGAAGUAGAAACCUCAAGGGUGCUCAGAAAAAGAAGAAGAGUAAAUUAUGUUGAAUUAGAUGUAGAAAUAAAUUCAGAUUCAGAUUACAUUGAGGAAAUAUCAAAAAAGAGGGUUCCUAGUCCUAGUAAAAGUUGUGUUCAUGUACCACCAAGUUCAGUAGCCCAACAAACAACGGCAUCAUUAGGCACAGAAGAUAUUGUUGCUUCAUGUCAAUUUCCAGUAAUUCAAUCUGCAAAACAACAUCAAACAAACCCAAUUAUAACGAAAAUGAUAUUUUGUUGCGAAUUUCAAUAUAAAAUUCCGAGAGUUUUGGGCCAUGAUAUGUCUGAGUGUACAUUCAUUGUUGAAUGUUUAUCUCCAAUUUUUCGUGCAUUUCAAAAUUCUUUUCCAGACAUCAAAUAUGGGUGGAUCGAGAAAGAGGUUGUCUCUAUAAAGAUGGCUAAUAAUAUGUUCGAAGAUGACAUCAGUUCACGAAAAGUAGACUUACUUAUUCAACGUUUAUCAGAUGAACACUGA